ACUCAAACCCCGUCUCCAAGUAGCAUCCCCUCACCCACAAUGGCUCUUUCACCCUUGUCUGCCAUCUCUGCUAUUUUCUUCAUUCUUCAUCUUCAGAGCACUUUGGGUGACAGCGGAGGUUGGCAAAGUGGCCACGCCACAUUUUAUGGCGGCGGAGAUGCGUCCGGCACAAUGGGGGGAGCUUGUGGGUAUGGCAAUUUAUACAGCCAAGGCUACGGGACAAACACGGCAGCAUUAAGCACUGCUCUGUUCAACAGUGGCCUCAGCUGUGGGUCUUGCUUCGAGAUGCGAUGCGACAACGACCCCAAAUGGUGCCUCCCCGGCGUCAUAACCGUCAGUGCCACCAACUUCUGUCCUCCUAACUAUGGUCUGUCCAAUGACAAUGGUGGGUGGUGCAACCCUCCUCUCCAGCACUUUGAUCUCGCCGAGCCGGCUUUCUUAAAGAUUGCUCAGUACAGAGCUGGCAUUGUUCCCAUUUCUUUCAGAAGAGUGUCGUGUGUGAAGAAAGGAGGGAUCAGAUUCACGAUCAAUGGGCAUUCGUAUUUCAAUCUGGUUUUGAUUUCAAAUGUGGGAGGAGCAGGCGAUGUACACGCGGUGUCGAUCAUGGGGUCAAAGACGGGGUGGCAAUCCAUGUCAAGAAACUGGGGGCAGAACUGGCAGAGCAACUCGUACCUGAAUGGACAGAGUCUCUCGUUCAAGGUCACUACUAGUAAUGGCAGAACCGUUACUAGCAACAACGUCGUACCUGCUAACUGGCAAUUUGGUCAGACCUUUGAGGGCGGACAAUUUUAGGAGCUCCUCAUCGUCUUAUUCUACAUGUAAAAUUGGGCAUUGUUUCUUUCUUAGAAUAGGAAAAUGCGAAGAUACCGAUGUGGCCUCUAAUGGCUGAUGCUGUGGUAGCUAUAGGCGCCCGCUAGGCCCAUUUGUAUUAUGUUAUAUGCAGCACUUUUUUCGUUUUGCUUUUGCAUUCAAUCUUACCAUGUCAUGGCUUAUUUGUUGCUUCAAGCGCAGGGACUGGAAUUUUUUCGUCCCUGAAAUAUCUUUGGGCCUCCUUA